AUGGAUUGCGAGAGGUGCCAGUGCCACAGCGAAGACAAGCGCACCGCCAUCCUCUACACCAUCCUCAGCCAGAACCUCAACCAGAGCCGGGGCGGCCGCGGCCCAGCCCACCAGCGCUGCCUCUGCCACCAGCGUCGGACCGUCUGCCUCCGCACGCCCCACGUCACCUGCCAGGCGGCCUCCAACGUGCUGGUAAAAACCGUCAGCUUCAUGAAAAACCUCCCUUCCUUCCACCUGCUGCCGCGAGAGGAUCAACUCCUGCUGCUGGACAGCUGCUGGGUCCCCCUUUUCCUCCUGGGGCUGGUCCAGGAGAUGGUGACCUUCGAGGUGAUGGAGACCCCGGCUCCCAGCAUGCUCAAAAAGAUCCUCCUCGAUGGCCAAAGCGAACGGCAGGAGCCCGAGCGGACGCAGCCCACGCUGGCUGCCGUGCAGCGACUGCAGUGCUGCCUGAACACGUUUUGGAGCCUGGACCUGAGCCCCAAGGAAUACGCCUACUUGAAGGGAGCCAUUCUCUUCAAUCCUGAUGUCCCCGGACUGAGGGCUUCCCUGUACAUCGAGAGCCUCCAGCGGGAAGCCCAGAGAGCGCUUCAGGAGGUCCUGCAGCCCCUGCACCCUGAGGACCAAGGCCGCUUUGCCCGCAUUUUGCUGGUAGCCUCCACUUUAAAAUCGAUCCCUCCCGCCCUCAUCACGGAUCUCUUCUUCCGACCGGUCAUCGGCAAUGCGGACAUCGUCGAGCUCAUCGCGGAGAUGCUGUACGAAAUAACCGUCAGGCAGCUGCCUCCGGCGGCACGCAUGGGGUGCUGA